CUACGCAGGGCCCAAGUAUUUGGAAACUUGCCAACGUCUUGAACAACACUACCAGGUCGACUACUCCUCGCCUUUUUCUCCGCGGUGUCUACAAUCAUGGCCAAUAACAUGACACUUCUCUGGUGCACCUUCUCGGUUCCGUGCUGGCGGGUUAUGAUCGCUCUGGAGGAGAAAAUGUUGCAGGGAUACAACCAGACGCUGUUGGACUUCGAUAAAGAAGAGCACAAAUCUACAAUAGUCAUGGACCUCAACCCCCGGGCACAGCUCCCUACAUUCAAACACGGGGACUGCAUAGUGAACGAGUCCUAUGGAGCAUGCAUGUAUUUGGAAAACCAGUUCAGGUCCCAGGGGACCCAGAUGAUCCCCGAGGGUCUAGCUGAACAGGCCCUGAUGUACCAACGCAUGUUUGAAGGCCAAACCUUCUACGAGAAACUUAGUGAUGUGGUCUACUAUGAGUAUUAUGUCCCUCAGGGAGAGAGACAUGACUCUGCUAUCAAGAGGAACAAAGAUAACCUUGCAAUUGAAAUUAAACUGUGGGAGGGAUACUUUCAGAAGAUGGAGGCAGGCUCUUACCUGGCAGGAAAAGCCUUCUCGUUGGCUGAUGUCCUUGUCUUCCCCACCAUUGCCUACUCCUUCCGCUCUGGGCUGUCAGCAGAGCGUUACCCCAAACUGAGAGCAUACUACUCUAUGAUGAAGGACAGACCAAGUGUCAAAACUACCUGGCCCCCACACUGGCUGGAAGACCAGGAAAAACCUCAGUGGGGUGACUUUCUCAAAGAGCUCUGAGACUCACUCCUACUAAAGGAACACAUUAUUUAAAGUAUUAUAGGCACUUAAAAUCUACGUACACUAUAUAUACACAAGUAUGUGGACACCCCUUCAAGUUAGUGGAUUCGGCUGACAGGUGUAUAAAAUCGAGCACACAUCCAUGCAAUCUCCAUAGACAAACAGUAUAAUGGCCUUACUGAAGAGCUCAGUGACUUUCAGUGUGGUGGCGUCAUAGGAUGCCCAACCUUUCCAGCAAGUCAGUUUGUCAAGUUUCUUCCCUGCUAGAGCUGCACUGGUCAACUAUAAGUGGUUAUUGUGAGGUGAAACGUCUAGGAGCAACAACGGCUCAGUCGAGAAGUGGUAGGCCACACAAGCUCAUAGAACAGGAUCGCAGAGUGCUGAAGCGCAUAAAAUCAUUAGUCCUCAGUUGCAACACUCAC